GCGGUUCGUUCUUCUCCAUGUCUGUCUUUCUGUGCUACCGGUGCUGCGUGAUUCAUUAGCUUGGUGCUACGUGCUUUGUGAGCUUGGUGCAACGUGAAUAGUGCAUGCUUCGUGAACUUCGUGCUCUGACCUACGUGCCACAUUGCACGCGCGAAGUGCUGCGUUCUACGUGGCACAUUGCAUGAAGUGCUACGUUCUUCGUGCGCUGCUGGCAGCGUAAAUCUGAGCUUGGUGGUGCUUGAUUAGUGAGGUUGGUGCUACCUGAUUCGUGAGGUUGGUGCUACGUGAAUUAUCCUGCGUGCUAUGUGAACUUCUACGUGGCUUACUGCAAUGUGUGCUUGAGGCAUUGUCUACUUCUGUGGAACUUGGAGAGGGCUGGGGUAAAUCAUGAUAGAAGGCUUGCGCGUUGUUGGUUGAUCGUUGUCGACUGGAGGCUUCGUUGGCAUGGCUGCCUCAAGACGCUAAAUGAGAAAAGGACGGAAGACGGAGAUUUGGGUUGUCGGUUGAUGGAUUCAUUCAGCGGUGUUAUCGGAAAAGCAAACGUACACGAGCCGGUGUUUGGUGCUCCGUCUGCGCUGGGUGUUGCUGCGUCUGUUGCUGCUAUCACCAGUCGAGAAAAAGCUCAGGUCCUGUAUUUGAAUGCCUAGUUAUCAAGCGAGCGAGUAUGGUGUCCAAACGGGGACAUGAGGGCACAGAUGACGAAGGCGAACAAGGCCACGAGAGUAGGACGCCCAUGGGUAAGGCCGCGGCCAAAGAUAGUAGAGGGAAGAGCCUGAGUAUCCGGAAGACAAAGAAGAAGAGAAAGGGUGCGGACCAAGCCAAGCUGAUGGACCGGGCCUUGCGUUUCCUACAGACUGUGGCCAGUGGCUUGAUCUUGGAGGUGGGUAAUGUCGGCGAAAGAGGGGGUUUGUCCGUGGUGGAGUUGAGGAAAGCGUUGGCAAAUGCCAUCAAAGAGCUGCCUAGGGGGCGAUUAAGAAGAACUCUGGAGAGUGAUUUAUCGCAUUUUGCAAGGAUUCUUGCAGGCCGCGUGGAAGAAGCACGAACAGGGAAGAUCGCAACUCUCGGGUCUGACAAGGGACCGGACGGCAUCGGCCGGCCGCGGGAAACGAGCCACAUCGUCGAGGUGGAGGUGGAGAACUCCCUGCAGAAAGCCUUGGGAGGUGAGGUCUUGAGCAAUCAUGGCUAUAAAGGUGCAGCGAUGGCGGCAAUUUCGGCCGUAGAUCUUGUGGGAAAGAAGGUUGAGAUCCCCCCCUCUGAUGUGAACAAGUGGCAUCGCGCGUUCGAGCGACUGUUUGCGGCUCGGCGUCCGCCGCCCUUCGUCCUUGUCGUCGCCUAUGCGGAAUUCGCGAGGACUGUGUUCCGUAGAGCGGCUAAUGGAGGAGGAGAGGGAGAUGAGCUGGCGUAUUCUGAGAGGAUGUGGGCCAGGUGCGGUCUGAAAUCGGAUUGCGCGGCCACGUGUGGUCGCGACUCCCGCGUCGUGAAUGGUGCCCUGCGGGACGUCGUCGUUGCUGAAGGAGUGCUGAAAGCUGUACACGUGGCAGUCGAAAGCUUGUCGGCGGAGGGGGUGGCGGCCAUAGCCGCGGUCGCGCCGGCGGUGGAACCUCUGCGGACAGCUGUCGCUUCCGUAGCGAAGGUGAUGACAGGCGACAUGGCAGCGGUUGGCGACGGCAGCGCGAGCGUGUCGAGGCAGCAGCAGCAGCAGCAACAGCAGCAGCUGAAGAAGCUAAGCCGCCUUCUCAUCAAAGCUGUCAAAUCGUUGGUGGCUAGGGUUGAAGCAGUGAUCGUCUCUCAGAAACAUUCCGGCGGUCUCCCCUCACCUUGCCUGCGAAUUUAUCCGCCGAGUUUCGAUCCCUUGAUCUUGCCGCCGACCAUGAGGAAGCGAUUGAAGACGGCGCUGAUGGGAUUCUCCUUUCGAGAAAGCUUUUUCGACGACGCUGGCGCCCAAGCCAACGUCGACGAUGGAGACGCUUAUGGCGGGAACGGUGGGGGAGCAUCAGCAUUGCUGCUCACGAAGGAGAAUGUGAUGGCGCGGAAUCUGGCAGAGCGAGUCGCAGCAGAGAUUUUUGUCAUAAGAGUAUGUGUGGAGGCGCUAAGAGUCCGAGGCGGCCACGGUGGAGGAGGAGGAGGAGGAGAAGGAAGAAGGGCGGCGGAGGGAGGUGGUGUUAAUUCGAGCCGUCAUCAGCAGCAUCAGCGGCAGGGAAAAGCUAUCGUUCAAGUCCGAACCGGUAAUGGUAGGAUCAUGGACUUAGCGCCGCUCGCCGACUCACAGGAGAAGAUUCAUAGUCUGCGCUUGAUAGCAGCAGACCUUUUCGUCAGCUUGUUGGGAUCGCGAUGCGGUGCCUUGCUUGAUCUUCUCCUGGCUGGACCACCGGGCAUCCUCUCCAUACUGAGGACGGACGAACAGCUGCUAAUUCAGAGAAUACUUUAUGAGGCAGCCAUUAAUGGGUACAUCAACAAGAUUAGAAGUGGAGGAUGGGGUUGCAAGUCUCCGAAGAGAGAAUCGUGGUCAGAUGAAACGAGUAUGGUGGAAUAUUUCAAGUUUAUUUCAUUGACACGAAAGACUACCGAGGCUUUUAGAGCUAGCGGGGAACGAUCUCGUGCUGUAGCACUUGCUACAGCAUCUGCAAAUGCAUGGGUACCACCAGGUGUCUUUUAUAAGCUGCUUGCGUCAGGAGGGGAAGCGGGUGGUGCUCUUCCCAGUGGCAUGCCAAUGCCUGCAACAUCUUCGCCAGCAGACCUACGGAAUUUGUCAGUUUGGCUAGUCCAGUCAGCGUCGGAAGAAUCUCUGGAGAUGGUUCGAGACUUGUGUCUGGGCAGCGAUAGUGAAACGCCAGCUGCUGGGAGGGAGUAUGUGAGAGGGUCAAAAUCAUCAGGUGGACGGAAACAUGAAGAGGACGGUGAAGAGCUUUUCUUCAUCGAUAGAGUGGGAGAGAAGAUGGAAAACUCGGAGAAUGCAACGGAGGACAAUGCUGUUGCUGACUCCGAGUUCGAGAGAGCCGCUAUUGGCAUGCUAGAGCAAGCACGUGGCACAUUGAAUGACUGGGACCCUGCUGGCGCACAGCAGGAGGUGGAAGACAAUGAGGAUGGCGAGCAGGAAGAGGAUGAUGAUGGUGGGACCGCCAGGGGUGAACAUGAGGACAGGAUGAUAACCGAGUUCCAAGCUGAGACAACAAGAGCGGAAGAGGAUGGAGAAGGGGAGGGGGUGGAUGCCAUGCAAGCGGCAAAGAAGGGGUCAGAGAAGAAGUCGAAAGUUUAUAGUGGGAUCAGAAAGCCUUCUCUUGGUUCAGAAACGAAACGAGGGAAAGGACGACGUAGGCGAGAGUCUGCAGGAAAGCAGGAUGCUGAGAGGCGUAGGGAAGAGGAGGGAGAAGACAAUAGAGGGGUGAAAAAGGAGGGCGAAAGGGAGAGUCGAGAGUCUGGUGACGAGAAAGGAAAGGGGGAGAACUUGUCAGAGGAUGGAAAAGGGAAAGAAGGUGAAGAAGAAUUGAAAGGAGAGGAAGAGGGUGACGAGGAAGAUGUUGACCUGGUUGGAACUGGUGGAACGCAGACAAAACCAAGCAAUAGAUUGGGAUUCGUUAAUAAGGCUUCCAACACUGAUGAGGAACAACAGAUGGUUGCGGAAAACGUCGGAGAUCUGACAGUGGAAAAGGAGGACAAAUCAGGUAGGGAAGUGGGAGCGAAGGACUCCCUUCUUUCGGGUUUAGUCAUGGGAGGCCACGAGCCAGUUGGCAGGGUUGAGAUGGUACCUGCGCUCGAGCACAGAGUGAGUAGAGAGCAGGGGGCAGGAGGAAAGAGCGGUGAUAGGGAGUCUGAUGAGCAGAGUUUCGGAAAGACGGAAGUGAAAUCGCUGGAGGUCAAGAAGAGGGGAAAAGAGUCGAAGCAGGGUUCUACGCUGUUGAAUUUUCUUAAGAAGGGGGUGGAAAAUGACGACGAUGAUGUUGAGGAUGAAAUUGGGGUAGAUGAAAUUGGUGAAAAGACCGAGGAUGGCAAAGGUUCUGCUGAGUUGCUAGAUGGUCAUGGCACUGUUAAGAAGAGGAAGCGUAGUUUGGAGGGGGAAAGGAAGGUUAGAUCCAGGAACGAUUCAAAGGUUGCUCAGAUAUCAGAAGCGGAGAAGGUGGUGACCAGUGAGAAGGGGGGAGUAUCAUCUUCGAUCGCUCCAGAGCUUGGGGCGUCAGCACUGGUGGAGCAGUGCGAUGCGAACGAAAAUGAUAUGGCCACAUCCCUGGCUGCGACUACUUCUGAGAGGACGUCAAAGAAAAGUUUGAAGGAAACAAAUGCACGGAGAGUGUCGGGGCUUGGUACUGAUGACGAUGGGAUGGUAUUUGAGCACCAACGGCGAGAGGUUGACAAGGACCAUGGGGAACUAUGCGGCGAACCUUCAAGUACAGGAAAACAUGAGUUACAAAGUGGGAAUUGGAUGGGAAGCGGUGAUGGUUGUGAAGCUAUGGAGGAUACUGCCGUGACUGGUGAAGAAGGGAAGGAAGUCACAGACUUUGCUGAUGAUCCAUUUCCUCUUGCAUCGAGUGGUAAAAAACAUCAAAGCAGAAGGAAGGCGAAAAUGGGGAGUCGAGAAAAGUUGAAGGCAUCAGACCCUAGGUUGUCCGGGAGUUGGAGAAUAGGAGAAGUGAGUGCUGGUGAAGAUAAGGGUGUUGACAAGCAAGACGAGGAGGAUGUUGCAAUGGGUUUUCGACAAGUGAAAGAUGCUCCAGACUUCGCGACUCCGCAGCCUUUUGUGUCUAGCGGUAGAAACCGUGAAACGGGCAGGAAGUUGGGGCGUACGUCAUCCAGAGGUUUGAGAUUAGGAGAAGCUAAUGCUGAUGAAGAGCAGAGCAUCAAUGAGCAAGGUGAGGACUGCAGCGUGGACGCGAAAUAUUCAGUGGCGAGGAACUUAUCUGAUGCAAUGCUCACACCUUCAACUGAAAAGGACAGCAAGAGGGCGGAGAGGGAAGGGUGGUCGCAAUCAUCAGGAGGGGAGAAAACAGCGAUUAUGUGUACUGCUGGUGAUCCUGGCCUGUCAGAGCAAGAACAGACGCACAGUCUGAUCGUGGGUUCUGGUAGUCAAGUGUGGAAGAGGCACUGCAAGGAGACAGUUGUCAAAGGUGCAGCAGCUGAUGUCGAGGAUGGAGCUUUCCAUCAUCGUGAGGAAGGUGUUAUUGCUUCAGAAAUAAUAUGUGGCCUCCCAGCCAGCGGACAUCAGGUGGAAUGCGCAACCACAGCAGGGAAGAUGGGCGGUGAAGGAAAGCAGAAAAGCCACCACACAGAGAACGAUGAAAUGGACGUUUGUGAGGAAGACGAUGGUGCUAAUGACAAGGAUGGAGAUGAUCGUGGAGAAAUGGUGAAAGCAGUUGCCUUGUCAAGAAGUGCUGAAAAAAAGAUAAAGAAAGAGGACAGGCUCAACAAGGGUGCUGCAGAUAUUUUAGAGGUGCAGAUGGCAGCCGAUUCACCAGAAGAGUCUGAUGAGAGUAGCAGGAAGCGAAAGGAGAGUGCAAGAAAGAGCAAAAGCGGCAUGAGCAAGGAUGGCACCGUUAUUGCGGUUGGUGAUGAAGAAGUGAGUAUGGUGCCUAUUGCAUGCCCUGCAACACUGGCUGCUGACUAUGACAGGAGUGAUGGGGUAGCUAAGAAAGACGAGAAAGUGGACGCUAAAGAUGGAGAGAACAGCGCUGGAAUGACAGAUUUGCCAGACGAAGCGGAAAGUGGCAGAAAGCGAAAGAAGAGUGCAAGAAAGAGGAAGAGUUCCAUGAGCAAAGAUGGGACUGCUGUUGAGGGUUGUGAUGAAGAAGUCGAUGCUGUGCACCUCGCACCCGUUUCAACGUCCCCUGCUGACAAUGGUAAGAGUGGUGGGGUAGCUAAAAACGAUGAGAAAGCAGAUGUGAAAGAUAUAAAGAACAGCUCUGGAACAUCACACUUGCGGGGAGAAGAAGCACAAAGCAGCAGAAAGCUAAAGAAGAGUGCAAGAAAGAGCAGAACUGGAAACAACAGUGCUGAAAUGGCAGAACCAGUUAUUAUCGUGGACAGGCCUUCAAGCACAGAAAGAAAGACACAGAAAACGGACGGUGCCAAGUGCGCGGUAGCUUGUUCAGAAGUGGACACUGUGGAGGUGGGUAAUGGGGGAGGGCAGGGUUCGCUUGAUGAGGAAGGCUGUAUGUUGCUUGAAGACGCCGAGGGAAGCAAAAAGCAAAAGAAGAGUGGGAGGAGGAGGAGCUGCAUGGGAAAAGAUGGCCCUGGAGCUGAGGGUGCUGAUGAAGAAGCAAGUCCUUCAUAUGCUGCAUUUCCUAUGGACAGUGCAACAAAGAGUGACAAGGUAAGUAAGAAGAGAAAGAGUAUCAGAAGCGAUUCUGAAAUGUACAGUGAGUGUUUACCGAAGAUAGAAGCCGAUGCAGAUGGCAGAGAAGGCAGUCUACGUGAAAAAACUAGCGUCGAUGUUGAGAUGGAGGAAGAGGAUGCAGUUGAUGUCCAAAGAUUGUCAUUUGUGACGCCAUCGACUGAGAAGGGGAAGAGUCAAUCUGUGAUGAUGACAACAGAAGAAGCGCCAGGCGCUGUGGGAGGUCAGCCUGACAAAGAAGAGGAGGCUAUAUGUUUGCCUUUGUCGUUUGUCACACCGUGUGUGGAAAAAGAGGGGCUCCAAUCAGGAGCAAGACAACAUCAAAGAGACUCGGACAUUUUGGAAAAUGGUGGGCAAGCGGGCGUUGCUGGCGUCUGCUCGAAGGAGAUGAACCCAGAGGGAGAUGCGGUGGCAUCAGCUUGUGUUAAAUCAGGAACCAGUGGAAAGAAAAGGAGUAGAAAGAGUGCACCUCGUACUCUUGGAACGAUCCCGUUGAGCUUGACUCCGAAUCUCCAAGGUGAAGAAGGUGGCAUCCCUACUGAGUGCCAGGUCAGUUGUAAUGAGGUUGUCAAGAUGGAAGAGGGGCCAUCUGUGUCUCUCUUGUCAGCGAAGGAGGAGCCACAAUGUGGUGGGAGCGAUGGUCCUGCGAAGGCUAAUAAUGAGCAAGGUGAGGGGGAAUGUCAUGGAGGUGCCGAGGAUGCGAGGAUGGAGGCUGAUGGACCGAGUGUCAGGACAAAUCCUACCGACUCCCAACCUAAACCGGAUGCGGAUGAGCACAUGCAAAGUCAGGAGGGUGACAAAUCAGGCCACGAGCAUGUUCAAGAUCAUCCUGCGGUACGGAGGAGCCCACGAGGCUUAAAACCUGCAGCUCCUGUUGCGAUGACAGGGCGUUCGCGAGCUAGAUAUCUGGUCACUAGCCCGAAAACAAGACGAACAGCAUCUGCUGCAGCUUCUAUGUCUGUUGACAGUGAAGCAGACAUAUCAUUUUCACAGAGUGUUGAGGUUGAUCAGCAGAAUCCCUUGGCAUCGAGGGGCACACGAAGAAGGAGAGGGUCAGCAUCCUCGUCAAGGGCCGAGGAGCAGGAAGCGGAUGGUCCUCCCCAAGUGAUGUUGGGGAUUAAAAAAGAAGCAAGUGACGAAAAUGCGCCUGUGGUGGGUUUGGAGAAAGACGUGGGAGAUGAGACGGGGAGAGGUGUUGACAUUGACCUCUCGGAAGAGGGGGAAGAGAAUCGAGGUAAGAACGCGAAAAGCGAAAUGGAGGAGGUGACAGCCAACUUGCAGUCAGAGGAAGCGCAGCAGGACGUCGAAAGGGAGGAAGGAGAGGUAGGGGAGAAGUCUGACAAACAUGCCGCACAAGAGGUUCCUUCAUUCAUCUCCCCGCCAAGAACGAGGAGUGGUCUUGUACGGGCAGCAAGUCCGGUUAUGGAGCUCUCAAAAAGGAGAAAGAGGAAGUGAGUUCCAGCAACUCAUCACCAAGAAAGAAAUUCUGUAGUAACCUUAGAGCAUCUGUGUUGAUAGUUCUGGUGCAUGCUGUAGAGAGAGAGAGAGAGUGGGGGCUUUGUUUGUGCGGAGGCACUAACUGUGUGGAGGGCAUGCGUAUGAUUAAAAAGGUCUUGAGAGUGUGUUCCUUCGAGGGAGAUGCAGAUAGAGAUGCGGAGGAGGAAUUGGUGGUUCACAUGAUUGUUGGCAUUGUGAAAGGAUGCGAUGUGCAUUGGUGAGGGAGAGAGGGACACUUUUUUCAACAUAAUUUUGAUUUGGCCAACAACAGUGGGUUGCCGUUCUCCUUUGCUUUAGGCACCAUCUGUGAGCCUUCCUUCCGUACCUUCUCUUUGGCUUCCUUUUCUUCCUCUUGCCUGCCAUUCUUCUCCUCCUCCCCUUCCUCCCUCCCUGUUUCUGCGUGUUCUUUCACCAUCGUCACCUUCAUGCUCAUCGUCGCCGUCGUUGUAGGAUGUUGCUUUUUGUGAAAUAGCACAUGCAAGCAGGGAGCAGAGGCUUGGCAUGUGGACGGCAGUGGUAGUCUUUUUAUUGAUUUGAGUGCAGUAUCCGUUUGAUAGCUGAUUUUCUGACGGAUGGGUACUGUCAGCAGACAAAUGGGAUGUACCGAUUUCCUGGUGAAGGUGUGACAUAUGGCUGGAUAGGUGCUAUAGAAUACGUCUAAGAGGAACUUUCAGGAUGGAGCUGCGAACAGAGUAGAGGGAAGAAACGCGCGGGAGAGUUGUUGCAUACGUAUGAAAGAGGAAAUGCUCAGGUGGUUGAAAAGCAUCUUUGAUAUGUCUUCCUGAGCUGUGACUGUGAAUUUUGGCAUUCGAUUGGUCUGAAUUUCUCUGAAAUCAUUUGUCGUCCACUUGGUUUACUCACCCAAUUCCAUUGUGCAGGAGGCUAUGGAGGGCCCAUGGACACUUAUGUUGCACUUGUCUUUGACUUGAAUCUGUGAGGGAGGGUUGCGCUCGCGAGUGUUCAUAUACAACUUGCUGGCUAAACAUUAGUUUACCACUUUCAUCGGCAAACAACCGAACCCUUGGAACCUCGACCUUCAACCAUUACUGAUGGGGUAAAGUUUAUCAGCUGUGGGCUCUGACGGACCCCGCCGUGGCCAAUCUGGGCCGUGCGAUCGUGGAAAUGAAUGAUCGGUGUUCGUCUUGAAACACUUUGUUUGAUUGGCACUUGGUUGUGCGGUUGGUGGACAAGUGGAUAGUCUGCCUGGGUGAGAAAUGAACGUAGAGAGGUUCUGUGAAUGCCAGAGCUUUUCCGAGCCAUGAUGACGAUAUGUCAGAGCUGGUCUGCUGUGAGGUGGGGUGUUCAGUGUUCACCCUUUUUACUGUGCGGCUAAUGAACAUGGGCCUGUUGUGGGGAAGGUGCAUUGGAAAUGAAAAUAUAUGUGAACAGUAGCCCGGUGGAUGAGGUGUUUCACUGCCCCGACGCUUUGGUAGUCGAGGGAGGUGGCCCCCAAGGAGUCGUUUCAGUGCCCCAGCGCUUGGGUAGUUGAAGGAGGUGGGCUUUUUUUAAUGGCUUAUGAUGGUGUGUUUUUAAUAUGAGCGGGCAAAAGGUCCGGCGCGAGGGGAAAGUGGUGGUUGAGGAUUUCCAGACAUAUGUGAGUAGGCUGAUCUGUGCAAUGGGUUUAUUAGAGGGUGUCGAUCGUAGGGGAGUUGGCUGCGCGCCCCCUGUAGAGCAAGCGAAAAAAAAAAGGAUUCUGUGUAGAUGGCGCCCCCCUCUCGGAACACCCUGGGCCCCUGUGAAUACGAGUGGGUAGGAGCUAUUUGGUGGGGGACGGUAACUGGUUGUUGAUCCUGGCACAUGCAAUUUUCGAUGUCGCUGUACGUAGAGCAGAUGCGAAGAGUCCUCUCUGGCGAGCGGAGCGAGUGCCAGGAUAGAAUCAAGAAGUGAACCAUGAAUCUCAAUUUUCUCGUCUAGAACGGUAAGUGGUUGUUGAACCUGGCACAUGCGAUUUUCGAUGUCGCUGUACGUAGGGCAGAUGCGAAGCGUCUGCUCUGGCGAGCGGAGCGAGUGCCAAGAUAGAAUCAAGAAGUGAACCACGAAUUUCAAUUUUCUCGUCUAGAACGGUAAGUGGUGGUUGAUCCUGGCACAUGCGAUUUUCGAUGUCGCUGUACGUAGAGCAGAUGCGAAGCGUCCGCUCUGGCGAGCGGAGCGUGUGCCAGGGUAGAAUCGAGAAGUGAACCACGAAUCUCAAUUUUCUCGUCUAGGCCCAAGCAGCUCUAGCCAGCGACCACCGAGCUGUUCGGGGUGCGCAGAGACGUUACGAGAGAAUUCUCUCGAUCGAACAAAAGAGUGCUCUUGUA